AUGCCUCCCCCAACCCAACAAACCAACGGCGGCCCCGCCGUGAAAACUGUAGGCUACAUAGGCCUAGGCAACGCCGGCUACAGCAUGGCCUCCAACCUCCCCAAAGCCGGCUACCACCUAAUCGUCCACGACGCCGACACGACCAAAGCCCAACGCGCCGCCUCGGAAUGGAAAAACACCACCGCCUCGGACGGGAAACCUGAAGCCUUCGCCGACUGCGACGUCAUCAUCACCAUGCUACCCCAAGGCAAAAUCGUCCGGGAAGUCUUGCUCGGGGAGAAGGGGAUCGGGAAGGCGUUGAAAGCUGGGACGAUCAUUGUAGAUACGUCCAGCUCCUCGCCCUUCGACUCCGUUGCGCUUGGGAAGGAACUAGCGGAGCACCAGAUCCUCCUCGUAGACUCCCCCAUUACGCAAACCUACAUGCACGCCACGGACGCCGGGGAAAGCACUCUCAUGGUCGGUGCGGACAGCAAAGAAGCCUUUGACAAAGUCGAGCCGAUCUUGAGGUGUAUGGCCUCGUAUAUCUUCCACAUGGGGAAGUUGGGGAAUGGGCAUGCGAUGAAGACGUUAAAUAACUAUAUCAUGGCCUCCUCCAUCUGCGCCUUAUCCGAUAGUCUGGUCACGGGUCAGAAGUACGGGUUAGAUCCGCAGACUAUGAUCGAUGCGCUUAAUGUGGGCACGGGGGUGAAUUUCCCAACAAUGGAUACCUUCCGUCGGGAUGGCAUUACAGGACGGUAUAACAGCGGUUUCGGGCUUGCAUUGUUGGUCAAGGAUCUGGGCAUCACGGGCGAGUUCAUGGAACAUAAUGGGUUUGAAACCGAGCUCCCGGCUUUGUUGAAGAGGUAUUUGGGGGAUGCGCUGGGGGAGGUGGAGAAGGAUGCGGAUCAUACUAAGGCGCUGGUGGGGUGGGAGAAGAGGGCGGGGGUGAAGCUGAAACGGACGGAGAAGGUGGAGGAGAUUGCUAAGGAGGACUUUGAGCAUAGGCUGAGGGGGCUGAAUCGGUCGGGUUAG